GCAACACAAGUGUUUGCUUGUUGUCCCAUACUGUGCAGGAUUAACUGUGAGCUGCAGAUUAGCUAGUUUACCUUCAUGCCGGUUCAACAGGUGGCUAGUCUGACAGGAUGCAUCCCAGGAGAGCUUAGGAGGGAUUUGUCCGGACACAAUCGGCCUACGUGAACAGCCCAGUGCUGGAUGCUAUCCUUUUCAUAAGGGUCUCCAUUCUUCUCAUGCGUGACUCACUAAUCCAGGCAAAACCCAUUAAGUGACACUCCGGUAGACAGGAAGAGAUAGAUUGACAGUCUGUAUUUAAAUCACUUCUCUAUGAGAAGACGUGUGAGAUUGUGAACAGUUUGCUUCUACACGUUUCAUGUGACAUGAAACUCCAUCAAAUUCACUUUAACAAAGAAGUCAGUGAUUCUCUUUCAGUUUUCAGAUCAAUACAUUUCAAUUAUUAUUGUAUUAAUUAUUUUCUUUCCUUCCUGUUUCAUAGUUCAAUAAAUAUUUUUAAAUAUUUCAUGUUCUAAUCUAACAAUUGUAUAUUAUUUUAAAGACCGUAAUCAAGUGUUGAGAUGCAAAUAUUAAUAUAUUUCUAAUUAAUUUGUCUUGUGUUGUUCUGUCACAUAACUAAGAAUAUAGAAGUGUAGUAAAUGAUUCUGAGGGACAUACAAGAGAGGGUCCCCGGAUGUUCUCUAUAUUCUUUAAUAUAAAAAUAAUUGAGCUCUAAGUGGUUUCUGGAGACCUGAGUGGAGCUUCUCGCUGAAUGUUGAGUGAAACCACUAGAGGGGGACAAACUUUGUGACGAUGCUCCAGAGUGUCAACCAGAGAAGAAAAGCACGGAUGCUAAUUGCAGCAGGUGAAGGAGGCUCGUUGCUCACCUUGAAGAAGAGAAGCUGGAAAACGACUUCAAAGAUUUUGCGUUUUACUGCAAAAAUCACAAAAGCUGCAAAUCCUGUGGGAGGCCACACACUUCAUCUCAAUUCAGCCUGGAGCCAGCAGUCUGCCAGAAGUUAAGGACCGACUCUUUGACCUCCCUCCCCCUCUCCGUGCUCCUGUCCGAACGUGCUGAUCCCCCACCGCCCCCCCCCCCCCUUCCCCCGACUGGUCGUCAGCAUGACAAAGCACUGGCCGGAGCAGAUCUUCUCAGCACCACCCGUUCUGUCCCACUGUGGAGAACAUCACGACCAUCAACUUGACUUCCACAGAAAUGAGCAGCACAGUUUUCCUCCCAGCGGUGUAGCGCGGAGCUCUCCUGGCCAACAUUGGCCUCACCACCUGGCUCAGAUGGUUCCACAGCAGUUGUCGCGCUUGGAGAAACCCGCCGCGCGUCUUGAACACCUCACCAGCGCCACAGCAUUCAUGGAUACAGUCGUACCACCGGGCUCAUCGUACCAGAAUCCUCAAUAUGCUCACUUUAAACAUGAAACCAUUACCCAGGACUCGCGGAACAGUGUGAAGGGGAAGAGUAGCACCAGCAGCGUGAAGAAAAAGAACUAUCAGCGGUAUCCAAAACCACCGUACUCGUACCUCGCUAUGAUUGCGAUGGUCAUCCAAAGGUCUCCAGAGAAGAAACUCACGUUAUCUGAGAUCCUGAAGGAGAUCAGUACUCUCUUCCCAUUCUUCAAAGGAAACUACAAGGGCUGGCGGGACUCUGUGCGACACAACCUCUCGUCCUAUGACUGCUUUGUGAAGGUGCUGAAGGACCCGGGGAAACCUCAGGGCAAAGGUAACUUCUGGGCAGUGGAGUUGAGCUGCGUUCCUCUGGAGCUCCUCAAGAGGCAGAACACAGCUGUCUCGCGCCAAGAUGAGACCAUCUUCGCCCAGGAUCUGGCCCCCUACAUCCUGCAGGGAGACAAGCCAGAAUCUGAGCCUCCACCUCUGUCGGUCACCAACCUCCCUCUCAUGCGCUCAAGAAACCCCUCCCCCCCACAGGAGGACUUGUUCCGGCCCAAGCUGGACUCGUCCUUCGCCAUCGACUCUCUGCUGCACAGCCUGCGGCCGCCCAGCGCCUCUGGGGAUGUAGAUAUGUCUACCAGGGAUUGCUGGGGCAAGGUGGAGCGGCCUCGGCCUUCUCCUCCACGCCCUCGCUACGCCUCCUCUGCCCGCAGUGCGUCUGCCAGCUCUGCCAGCCCGGCCUCCACCUCCUCCUCUGAUGAGGAAUGGAAAGGGAUGGCUCUGUCGGGGAAGCAUGUUCCUCUUGAUGGAGAAGCCGGGUCAGAUGGUUAUGAGGACUACAGACCACCACUGCACAAGUCAGCCCGACGGGAUACUGCUGCCCCUCCAUGGGAGCUCCCGACCUCCUACGCCAAAUAUGCUCCCCCCAAUGCUGUGGCCCCCCCCAGCAUGCGGUUCAACGGAGGUCCUCUAAUGCCCCUGCAUAGCGGACUUCCCCUGUACGGCUAUGGCAGCUCUCCUGUGACACCGGGUCACUUCUUAGGUCACGCCUAUUGGCCCAUCCUCCCCAGCGGACGAGUUUCUGUCCAAGCCCCCCCCCUCAUCAUGGACCUUGACAACAUGUUGCAAUCUGUGCCUCCGAACAAGAGUGUGUUUGACGUGUUGGUACCGACCACUCAGAACUCUCUCCCACAUCAUCAACCACCCAGUCAGUACAGCCUGCAGAACGGGCCUCACCUGAACAGGUAUCCUCAGUACUGACGGAGAAACUGACUUGUUUCCUCGUACUGUUACUGCACGGAUGCUAACCCUGUGUUUAGUCUCAAUCACUACCUCCAGCUCAAGAGAUGUUCACUGUCUAAUGUGCAAAAGGGCGCUGAACUAAUUCAUGUUUUUAACAAGAUGAAAAGUCACAGUGUGUCAUCGAUGUGUGAAGUAUUACACAACAACGUUUCUACCUCAGGCUUUCAAUGGUGUGUGUGUGUGUGUGUGUGUGUGUGUGUGUGUGUGUGUGUGUGUGUGUGUGUGUGUGUGUGUGUGUGUGUGCGACUCCAGGUUCUUUGCACUGCCAAUCUUAUUUGCACUGUUUAUUUUUUAUUGCCAUGAAUUUGUUUUCUUACACAAAUAGUUUUUGCAUCUUGUCUUCCUAAUGUGACUUCUGAAUGUAUUGUUGGAUUUAAUCUUGAAUUUUACAGUUGUGAGAAAUGAGUGAGGAUGUUACAGUAAAUAUAAGCUACAGAAUAUCAAAUGCAAUAUGUUUCUUCAGUUUAUCCUG